GGACUUCUGCCAGCCUCAGGAUGGCCUUGGCUAUCCGUGCUUCAGCUGUGGGGCUGAGAGCUUAAAAGUUUCCCGGGGGAGGCCAGGGGCAAGGUUUCCCUUGUCCCAAGCAGAUCUGGAUGGGGGGGACCUUGUCAUCAUGGAGGGGGUACUAUAUAAAUGGACCAACUAUCUAAGCGGCUGGCAGCCUCGGUGGUUUCUUCUUGCAGGAGGUGUGUUAUCCUAUUACGACUCACGGGAAGAUGCUUGGAAAGGCUGUAAGGGGAGCAUCCAGAUGGCAGUUUGUGAAAUUCAAGUUCAUUCUACAGAUAAUACACGCAUGGAUUUGAUGAUUCCUGGAGAACAGUGUUUUUAUCUGAAAGCUAAAGAUACAGCUGAAAGACAAAAAUGGUUGAUUGCCCUGGGAACUGCCAAGGCUUGUUUGACAGAUAUUCGGACAUUGAAAGAAAAAGAAUUUACAGAAAACACUGAAAUAUUGAAAACAAAAAUGGCAGAGCUUAGGUUAUAUUGUGACCUCCUGGUUCAGCAAGUAGAAAAAAUUAAAGCAGCUACUAGUUCUCAUGUUCAGCAUGGAAUUAAUAUGGGAGCAUUACUGAACUCCAGCUGUACUACAUUCCUGAAGACCCUUGAAGAAUGUAUGCAGAUUGCAAACGCUGCCUUUUCUUCUGAAUUGCUUCAGUGUACUCCAGGUGGAAAUUCAGUUAUUCACAAAUUAAACAAGCUGAAACUUCCUACCAUACUUAGCCGCGGUGUAACAGAAAGGAAAAUGGAACUAAAGAACUGUGAAAAUGGAUCUAUUUAUAAAAAUAUCACCCUUCCUGAAAAAACUCUGAUUGAGAAACCAACCCCUGCACCCCUGAAGAUAAGUGAAAUGGAAGGUGGCCACAGUAAAGAUGGAGAAAACAAGCUGCUGCCACAAGGGAACAAUCAAGACAACAAACCUUUAGAGCCUUUAGCAGAAUCUGUAAACAGAUCAACAGACAAAGACUUUCCUACUUUCUUCAGUGCUAUGAACUAUAGAUUUAGUGAUAUCAAGCUUUUUGAGGAUGGAGGAAUACCAACAGAAGAAUUUCUGAAAUCUUGUUAUGAAAUAGUUCCAGUCUUGGACAAACUUGGGUCCACCGUCUUUGCUCCUGUUAAAAUGGAUUUUGAAGGAAACAUAAAGAAAAUAAAUCAGAAAUACAUAACCAACAAAGAUGACUUCUGUACCCUUCAGAAAAUUGUCCUUCAUGAAUUGAGCACUGAAGUGGCCCAGAUUCGACACUCAGCUACACAGGCCCUCCUCUGGCUUAAAAGAGGUUUAAAAUUUUUGAAGGAGUUCUUGACAGAACUAAAGAACGGAGAGAAAAACAUCCAAAUGGCGCUGAAUAAUGCAUAUGGCAGAACAUUACGACAGUACCACGGCUGGGUUGUACGAGGUGUUUUUGCGCUAGCUCUAAGAGCAUCUCCCACGUAUGAAGGCUUUGUGGCUGCAUUGUCACUUAGAGAAUGUGAUAAUCAAGAAGAAGCUUUUUUUAAUGGAAUGCAGCGGGACCUUAACAUUUACUUACCAGCCAUGGAAAAACAGCUCAACAUCUUGGAUGCACUGUACGAAGAACAUGGACUGGAGUCAGAUGAAGUGGUCUGAUCUCAGCCGGAACAGUGCUUUGCACAUUCAGGGAACGUGUCCAUCAAUGUAGCUACGUUGCUCUUUUCCCCAGAAAGCUGUAUCUGUUUUUGUUUUUUUCCAUACUUGGGAAAGGACUCCAUGCUUCCUCUUUUUUUUUUAAUAUACAGUUUUAAAAAAAUACUUGUUUUGUGUUUUAAAUGCAGAGGUGCUAUCUAAUCUAGCUGGGUUCUGCCUAUCUUUAUGGCAAGAUCCUUAGAGUAGAUCUGUUGCUUAUUUGCUGAGUAACAGGCCAAAUAUGGCAGUGGUUCCAAUCUGAAGAGUUUAGUAUUAUUUAGUUGGACCAUUCAGAGCUUGCUGGAGCAUUCAUUCCAACACAGUGAAGAGCAGAAUAUAGACCUGCAACUGUAAAACUCAACCAGGAUAUCCAAGCUACUCAUCUCAUUCAAAUUAGGGUCUGUCUUGUAAGGGAUUAGUAUCACAACUACCUCUACUGCUCUCCCUUCCUUUGCUGAAUUCAUCAUUGAAUUCUGAAAGUUAGCUGUACCUAUUAAGGGAGCUGCAGCAAUGAAUCAACUCCAUUCUAGUUAUAGGAAUGAUAGAUGAGCUCUUAAUAGCACUUACUUCUUCUGUCCCAAAGUGGUGUUUUAAUGCUAUGCCAGGAACACUAGGAAAAAAAUGUGUCAGUUUUGAUUCUGACUCUCUGCCCUGUGCCAUAGUUGGUCCUGGUCCUUUCCAGUGCAAAUAACCAAAUGGCCAUGGACUCUAGGACUGGAAAUACAUACCUAACAUCAUAUAAUGCAGGAGUGCUCUAAGUCUUGAACUGACUGAUUUGGAUUGAGCAGAACUUGGAAAACUGGCAUUGCAGUUGUUAUAGUUUUCAUAUUAGAAGCCUACAUUCUGUGUCUUUGUCUAGCGCUACCAAAUCUGAAUUACAAGGGCUAGAUUUAGAACACAAUGAGAAUUAAGGAGUUGGUAAUCAGUCCAUAAAAGUGGGAAGCCUUUAGCAUUCUACAUAGGCUGGGUCAUCUAUAAGAAUGUGCUUAAAGCAAACUUAGGGCACUCUGGCAUCUUUAGGAUAUAAAUUAUUAGGAACUGUUAGUUAGACAUUUCAAAGAAAACUUUGGCAUUCUAGAAUUAGGAAACUAAAAUCAGUAUCUGGAUAUAGCUGUCUGAUGAUCUACUUGGGUGAAAAAUUGCAAAUCUUUAAAAUUCAGGGAUAUUCUGUAAUUAGCUUGGCACAAAUGCUGUCAUUCAUAAACACCUGUAUUCAGGUCAAUAGAAUUAUUGUAGAAAAUUGCAUUUUACCAUCUUGAUGAAAUGCAAUGAUUUGAUAACUCAGGAAAUCCAGAGGCUUAUUGUAUUAUUUCUUUUUUUUUAAGCAUUUAUAUCCUGCUUUUAUAUUCAAUAUUCAAAGUAGUGAGCUUGGAAUUCAUUAGAGAAACAUUUAGCCAAUGGUCUUACAUCAUUUUGUGAAUGAUUGGUGCAUGAAAUCUAUUCUUUUCCAUCACCCAUUUAUAUACCCAUGCUCUUUUAGAAAUAGUUUCUCCUUGAGGUCAUGAGGCCAUGUUAAAAAAGAAAAAAGGAAAACGGAUGUUUCUGUGUUGAAUGUACAGUACUGCAAUUAGAACUUUGAGGCACUUUAUAAAUAAUUUUUGUUAAUAUUCCAACUUGAGGGAAUUUCCCACUUGUAAAUAUCAUUAUUCCCCUCAGAAAUAAUGCUUUUGUUUCAAUAGAAAAAGACAAAACCAUGAAAUUACCUUUGUAUUGAAACCGCAAAAUUACCUUCCAACUUUGACAUUAUAGACAGUUAACAGCAUUUCAAACUGGAGCAAGGGAGCAUCUUUUAAUUUCUUUUCUUUUUCUCACCAUGUGAAAUUCAAAGUGAAGGACCUCUGGAUAGUUACUUUGUUUAGUUCACUGCCUACAACCAAACUGAGAUUGGAAAUUAAUAUAGUAAUUGGGUGGAGCUUCAAAAUGGAGGAAAAGGACUGACAUCAGGUCCUUAACCCUGUUAACUUUCAGUGGCCAGAAUAAGUAUCUGAAGAUAGCUUUUUCUUAUCUUAUCCUUAUCCUUCUUCUUGUUCUUUUUUUCCUGUCCUUGGGGCAUGAAAGGGAAUUAAUUACACCAGCUUGGAGACUGUCUUAGCUAAGGACUUCAAGAGUGAGGGCAUUUAUCAGAUUUUCAGCACCCCGCCCCCCAGUGUCCCAUUUCUGCUUCCUCUGUCAGAUCACAGCUAAUGGGAGAUCUACAAAGCUUUCUGCAGACACCUUGGGACAAAGCUGGUUUGGGGGACUCCAUCAGCAUAAAUGCCAUCUUACCAGUGGGUCCUUCUCUCUUCUACCAGAAUGGCCCCUGGAUUGUGUUGGGGCUUUCUCAUUUAAGACAACACCGAAGCAUAUCUAUGCAGAUUUAGCCUAAUGAUGACCUGAUCAGGUGAUGUGCUGUCUUCUAUAUGCUUGGCACCUUUUGUUAGCUUACCCAUCAUGCCAGCCUUGUUUGACAGGUUGGUAGUGGUGACAGUGAAUGUAAUUUGAACUGCAAGCUAUGCACACAUCUACAUGUUGGGUAAGAUCAGCCUGCUGUUUCAGUUGUGUAUCAUGUUUUGUCAUUGUUUUGUAUAAGCCAUUUUAUUACUGUUUCUUAUCACUAGGCAUUCUUUUACUAUCAUGUUCUCUUAACUAGAUGGUUUUCUUACUUGAUGAAGGGUCAUGUAAUUUGUGAUGGGAAUCCUUGCUUUUCCAGUGGAUGUGAAAUUCUGGCAGUCACCCCACAACGAUAUAUAUGCUGUAAAGUUAUCGUUUUCCAUAUUACGGUAUGUUGCCAUUUCUAGACAUCAUGUUUUUGUCAAGCCAAAUUAAGUGGGUAUGUUACACAGUAUAUUACAUUAUGUGGGUUAUGUCUAGUGGGUAUGUUACACAGUAUGUUACAUUAUGUGGGUUGUGAUGAAAAAUGCUUUUGUUCUCAGAUUCUGAGAAAUGUUAACUUUCUAUUGGGAACUGGAAAAAUAAGGAUGCAGUUUUCCACUAAACAGCAGGGAAGUUUUGUGUAGGCAGCUACGUUAACUUAUAAUACCUCUAAACAUGGAUGUGACUUGCUUUACUUGGAUGAAAUGAAUGGUAGCCCUGGUUGGUUUAAAUCAGUUAAUUCCUUCUCUGUUAAUUACAUAUUCUCAGGGAUUUGAGCACCAAGGCAAAAAUAGCAGUCUGUAUUUUAAAGGGAAGCUGAUUAUUCAUGUAAAUAUACUAUUUAUAUUUCAUAUCUCUGUUCUUAUUAUAAACUGUUUGGGACUUGGGUAACAUAUGAGAAAGCAAUUAGGAAUAGUACUGUAUAAACUGCAAUUGACUUGUAUGAUUUGCAUACUGUAAAUAUCAAGUAGCAUAUAGCAAAAUUGUUAGAAUUUCUUCAUCCCGCCCUCAGUAGGUCGAAUGUAUCAUAUUCUUUUGAUAAUUUGUAAUGUUCCUUUUUUAAAAAAUGUAUCCUGAAAGCAAAAUUGUCAUAUUAUCCAAUUUUCAGAUUGGAGAUGACAAUAUAUCAUAGCAAGUUGCAAUGAAACAUUAUGUUAUAGCUGGAUUCUUAAUUUAAGCAUAUUAUUCCUUUGGGGCGGGAAAUAGUAAAUGCAGUAUCAUCAUAAGAGCCAUGACAAGUAACAUAUGCUGAAUUCUGCCACCCUGGCAGUUUGUUUUAUCUUUUUCAUUUUGUUCAACAUACUCCAUGCCUUGAAAAUGGACAAUGGUUCUUCAGUUACUGAACUUUGAAGUACAAUCCAAAGAUGAUGAUUUCUCCCCUUAUUGGAAAUGACAGUACAUAGAAUAUAAUCGCAUUAACAUUAAUAAUAAACUUUGAAUUUUAUUGUCUCUAGCUUCCUGUAAUCCAGUGAUGAUUUCUAGCUUCUCUAAAGCAGGUGCAGAGCUUCUAGCUCCAUUGAAGCGAAGCCUGUUUUUAGAAGAUCUCCAUGC